GAUUUUUUUCAAAAUUUUUUUAUUUUUAAUUUUUAAACCCCAUUUCUAUUUCAUCUCUUCAAUUCACUCCUCUUCUCCAUUUAUUGCUUUGAACAACACAACGCAGAGAGGGACCCUACUGAACGCAGGAGCCUCUGUUUUCUUCUUUCUAUGGUUCUUUGACUGCCGCACCCUCGAUUUUCUCUUGAAAUCUUAAUGCAGUUUCUGUUGGGGGAAUGGGUUGUUUUGCUUACAAAUGUUAAGAAGCUUUGAGUUCUGCUCACAAAAUGGGGGUUGAGAGAGAAGGUUCAAAGGGUGGAGGAGGCUAUGUAGGUGGUUUUUUUCAGCUGUUUGAUUGGACUGCAAAAUCUCAGAAGAAGUUAUUCACAAGCAAGUCAGAUUUUCCAGAGCGUUUGAAGCAGGGAAAGAAAAAUGAUGGCAACGUGACAAUGACACGAUUUCACCUGUUAGAUGAUGAUGAAAUUGCCGAAAGGUCCAGCAUCAAAGGAAGUAGCGAUUAUAGUUGUGCUUCAUCAGUUACAGAUGAUGAUAUAUAUGGAUCUAGGGCCCCUGGGGUGGUAGCCAGGCUUAUGGGAUUAGAUUCCUUGCCAACAUCUUCUUCUGAGCCCUAUUCUACCCCACUUUUUGAUACACAAUCGCUUCGAAGUGCUCAGCACUGCAAUAAAAGCCUCCAUAGUCAGCACGAACAGCAAGUAACGUGCUCUGGAAACGUUUUCAGUAAGGUAGAGGACCCUGUCAAGAAAUUUGUUGGGUCUAAGCCUCAGAUAAGCAGACCUAUUGAGAAGUUCCAAACUGAAAGUUUGCCUCCAAAAUCAGCUAAAUCAAUUCCAAUCACCCACCAUAAACUGUUGUCUCCUAUCAAGAGUCCCUGCUUUAUUCCAACCAAGAAUGCUGCCCACAUAAUGGAAGCAGCUGCAAAAAUUAUUGAGCCCAGCCCCCAAGUUGCUACCAGGGCGAGAAUGCCUCUGGUUGGGUCAUCUUCAGUACCACUAAAAGUUCGUGAUCUCAAAGAAAAAAUGGAGGCUGCACAGAGAAUGCCUCUGGUUGGAUCUUCUUCUGUUCCUCUGAAAGUUAGAGAUUUGAAACAGAAAGUGGAAGCCACUGAUAAAAAAUCCAGGCUUGCUGAAACUACUCGAAGGCCAAUUGAGUCAAAUGCUGUCAAGUCUCUUAAAGGACAAUCUUUAAAUAAGAGCUGGGAUGGAUCAACUGAUAUAACAUCACUUAGAACUUCCAAUGCAGAAGCAAGUUCUUCUGGUGUAAACAACAAGGGAAAGUCCAUUUCACUUGCAAUCCAGGCAAAGGUCAAUGUUCAGAAAAGAGAAGGAUUGUCUUCUACCAGAAGUCGGACUUUGUCGAGCCAGAGAGAUCAGAAUGAGAUCAAGUCUAGCCAGCCCUUCAAGAGCCAGUCAAAUAUUCAAAGGAAUUUGCAGAAGAAAUCUUCUACUCCUAAUACAUCUGGUGCACUCAGGCAGAAUAAUGAGAAGCAAAAUUGCCUUAUGGAUAGAGAUAAAUUAUCUUCAAAGCCCGUGGUUUCCAACCUGCUGGGUAGAAAGGAGUUACCUGGGGAUCCUUCUUUUGGGCGACAGAAGGCCUCAAGGAAAACUGUUCAGAGUUCCAAAACUGGGUCUAGGAAGCUGGGCUUAGACGUAACAUAUGGUGAAAGAGGAGGUCCCUAUUCUGGUAUGAAGAAUCUCCCAAGGAAGAAACGAUCAAUUGAUGGGGAUUUUCAUUUUGAGAAAAACGAGGCUAUGGAUAGCAUGUCAAUUGACAGAAAUCAGAAGGCUGUAAAAUGUAAUGCUGCUGCUGAUAGACAUUUUAACUGGGUUGAAGAUAGCAAAAAGAAAGGCAUGGAUGUUGUCUCCUUCACUUUCACAGCUCCACUGGCCCGGUCAAUGGAAACACCUGCUCAAAUGGUACAACAAAGUAAGAACACUUGCGUGGACAAUCAAGGUAAGAGAUUGCUGCUUGACACUGACGGUAUGAAGUCAUCUUCAGUGGGAUACAAUGUGAUAGGAGGAAAUGCUCUGAGUAUGCUUUUGGAACAAACGUUAAGGGAAUUGAGUUGCGCAGUUGAGUCAUCCUCCCAUGAAUCUCUCCAAGGAGGAUCUCUGUCUACUUCUACAUCAAUUAUACACAAUCUGGUCGAAAGUCCUGCUGUUAGCUCUGCACCCAGGUUAUGUGAUAAACUGAACGGUUGCUAUAGUUCAAGCUUUUCCUCCACUGAUCUUCAAGAGCUCAAAUUGAAGCUCAAGUUUCAGGGAGUUGAUGAAAUGGACGAGUGCAGCAGUAGUCGUUUUGAUGCCCGGCAACCUAGUCCUGUUUCUGUCCUUGAACCUUCCUUCUCAACUGAAAGUUGCAACUCUUCAGAUAGCACCAAUAGUAGCAUUAUGGAAGGAAGCAAGCAAUGCUUAUCUGUUCAAGCUCAUGAAGUUCAUGGGUUGCGUUCUUCAAAGAAGUUGCACACACUAGAAGCUGAUAAAGAGUUAUCAGAUUCAGCAUCUUCUGCAUCUAUUGCACCUGCUGCUAAAAUUAAUCAAAACACUGUUGUUAAGACAGAUUCCAUGAAAUCAUUCAAGUGGGAACUGGACUAUGUGAAGCUGAUACUAUGCAAUGUUGAGUUGAUGUUUAAAGACUUUGCAUUAGGUCGAGCUCGAGAGAUCAUAAACCCCCAUCUUUUUUAUCAGUUGGAAACACGAAGAGUAGGACUUGAAAGUAACAGUCAGGAGUCUAGGCUGCAAAGGAAGGUAUUAUUUGAUUGUGUCAGUGAAUGCUUGGACUUGAGAUGUAGGCGAUAUGUAGGUGGGGGAUUCAGAAUGUGGGUAAAAGGAAUGGCAAUGCUGAGAAGAAAAGAGUGGUUAGCUGGAGAAGUGUACAAGGAGAUCUCAAGGUGGAGAGGAAUGGGUGACUGCAUGGUGGAUGAGCUUGUCGACAAGGACAUGAGCAGUCAAUAUGGAAAAUGGCUGGACUUUGAAGUAGAUGCAUUUCUACUUGGAUCAGAGGUUGAAAGUCAGAUAUUCAAUACUUUGGUUGAUGAAGUGGUGGCUGAUAUCUUGCAAUCUUAAUGCUUUAUAUAGCAUGAUCAUUUGUUACCCGCUUCACAUGUACCUCCAUAAUUUUUUCCCAGUAUUUUGAGAGUUCUUAGAAGUCUAUUUUAAGGGCCAACUCUAUUGUUUACUCAAUGUGGUCUAGUUAUAAAUGAGAAGUUGCUCUCAUUCUCUAUAAUAGGAUUUCAUGCAGUCAAAUGUUUAGGGUUCAAUUGAUUUAUUAACAUUGAACCUCACAUGAUCAUUCUCUUGAUGAAAUAUAUUCUAAGUACCAUA